GACUUGUACGUCAUUAACAUAUUCAAGUCUCGGUCGCCUUUCGACAGACAACACAAAACAGUUAGUAUCUUCGCUUCGGUUGGUGGAUGUGGGUUGUUUGAUAGUACUUAGUAUCAUUUAAUCGUGUAUAGUUUACGUAUUUCUUUGCAAUGGUAUCUAGUUCAAUGGCUUUAUUGUGGAAAUCUUUAUUAUUAGUUACGUGUUUUUUGAUAGUGGUUAAAUCCCAAGACUGGGUUGUUGAUGACGAUGGUUGUCGGACUCCUAAUGGUGGUACUGGUGACUGUAUACCCGUAAGGCAGUGUAAACCGAUGAUCGACGUUUUACGAACUGUAAAAAGACCAUUGUCACCAAGCAUUAGUAAGCAAUUAAAUGCAUAUUACUGUAGCUUUGCAAACAACGUAGCUAAUGUUUGCUGUCCGCAAGAGCCUAUCAUAGUCCAAGAUGAUUCGAAUGCAGAAGUGCAACAACCCCCUCCCGAUGUAUCGAAUCAUAGAAACUUAAAUUUACUACCGUCUGACUGUGGUUACAUAGAUACAAGCAAUAAAAUUAGACAUGGACAAGACGCUGAUUUAAAUGAAUUCCCUUGGAUGGCUUUACUCAGUUACAGAACAAGGAGGGGUCCAGAUUUUAAGUGCGGUGGAACUAUCAUUAAUAAUAGAUAUAUACUUACAGCUGCUCAUUGUAUUUCAAAUUUGGAUACACCGCUGUUGGGUGUACGAGUAGGAGAAUAUAAUACUAGGACUAGACGUGACUGUGUUAUAGCCAUAGACGGAUCUGAAAAAUGUAUUAAAGAUCCUGUUCAAGAUUUGGCCAUAGAAGAAAUUAUUCCUCAUCCCCAAUUUAAUGCUACCAUAAUUUCAAACGAUAUUGGACUUUUAAGGGUGGCAAAAAUUAAUUUAGAUGUUGAAAGCGCUAGACCAGUUUGUUUGCCGUUGGGUGAACAUCGAACUGAUGAGUUUACUAGAGUAACAGUUACUGGAUGGGGAGUUACAGAUACACAAACAGGAGCUACAAGUGAUAUACUCCAAAAAGUUGAUUUACCAGUAGUCGACUUAGAUCAUUGUAGAAAUGUAUACAAAAAUCAAAGUCGAGCUCGCAUUACCUACAAGCAAGUUUGUGCUGGAGGUAAAAACAAUCAAGAUUCUUGUCCCGGUGAUAGUGGAGGACCACUUCAUGUUGCCAGAGUGAUUGAUAAUUCUGCUCGUUACAUCCAACAUGGUGUUGUAUCUUUUGGACCCCGUGAGUGUGGCUUAGAAGGUUAUCCAGGAGUUUACACACGGGUGGCUUAUUACAUGGACUGGAUAUUAGAUAAUAUUAGACCUUAGGUUUAUAUAAUUUUAUUUACUCUUUUUAGAUAAGAAUGGAUAUUUGGUUGUAAAUGACAUGCUAAAUAAUGUACCAUUUCAUUAUCAGAAUACAAAUUUCUAACGCUAAAAAGCAAAUUAAAUGUGAUAUAUUUUAUUAGAGUUAUUAAAAAUAUUGAAUUUGUAUAAAUGAUCUUUUUCGUGUUUUUAUUUUAAAUUUAGACUAAGGACAAAUAUAUGUAGUGGUUUAGAAGUUUAUUAUCAGCUGGUUGAUUACAAAACACUUAAAACAAUUGUCAUUUUUAAAGUUAUUUGCGUUUAAUACUUGUUUUGCGUAGUUGUCUGAAUUAGACAUUCCUUUAAGUGUCCCUCUGUUAGGUAAUUUUGAUUGAUAUCUAAAUUUGCUUUACAUAUAUGUUUCUUAUAUGUUUUUAUUUUUAAAAGAAUUUUUUACUAUAAAAUAUAAUGUUUUUGGAUAGUAUUUUUGAAACAGAAUAAAACAAAUGAAACCAAAUAUAAGCUCUUUAUUUAACACUUUGCGGCUUUGUGGCUUCACGGUGAAAUCAGCUUUAAAUAAUUUUUUUCCUACUGCCCGAGUAAUCGUACGCUGGGACCACCAGACGGAAUGUGAUGUAUAUGUCGUGAAGAUGAUACACAAGGGAAUGAA